AUGGCCUCGGUGGCACGAUUUUGGAUGUCUGCAUACACAAAUUCCAAGCCCUACGGUUACGAAAAUACCACACCAUUUAUGUCCACCCGACAGUGUUCAAGGGUAUUGGGCUUGGGUGAUGCUGUCUCCCCGGGAGUACAUACACCCGUGUCCGGCGAGCCUAACAGGGAGAUCUUCGAGGCCUGCAGAAACGGAGAUGUGGAGCGUGUGAGGAGGCUUGUCACACUGGAGAAUGUAAACAGUAGAGACACUGCUGGCAGGAAAUCCACCCCGCUGCAUUUCGCCGCUGGUAAGAACAGUUGAUACAAUGUUGCUAGGCGCAGGAAACAUCUCGCUACAAUGUUUCACACUGCGAAUGUAACAUGUAUAGCAGACAAUGUAACAAUAAACGCUAUACAGUUAAUAGUUUAUUGUAACAGAAUAAUCCAGACACAAAGGCGUCUGUACAAUGUGCACCCACAAUAUGCACCCACUGAAUAAAUUGAUUAAUAAAGGACUUAUUUUGAGGAUGUAUAAUGUUAUUAUCUUGUGUUAUUAUACCUGCUAUUUGAUUUAUCAAUGUAUUUAUUAAUAAGCAGUAACAGUCAUUUUCCAAUUAUGAAAAUGAAUCAAAGCAUAAUCACUGAGUAGGUCAGCUUAUGCCUCUUUGUGGACCAGGUGCACCUAUAAAUCCAUACAAUCUCUCUUAUUCAGGAUUUGGCCGCAGGGAUGUGGUGGACUACCUACUACAAAAUGGAGCCAACGUGCAUGCCCGGGAUGAGGGAGGCCUCGUAUCCCUCCACAACGCCUGCUCCUUCGGCCAUGCUGAGGUGGUCAACCUGCUCCUGCACCACGGGGCCGAUGCCAACUCCAGGGACAACUGGAACUACACACCCCUCCAUGAGGCUGCCAUAAAGGGGAAGAGCGAUGUCUGCAUAGGUACAGUUGGAAAAUAUACAUUGUUUAAGCACAGUGACUGACUGUUCUCUUAUGGCUUCAAGUAUCAUGGUCACAUCUCCAGAAGACUCAGUCAUAGAUACACUUUUGUAAGAGCCAAGUAUGGCAACUUUGGUGUGCCCUCUUCAUAUUGUUGGUGUUGAACAUAAGCUAUUUGUUGAUGUAUUGUAAAUGCUGAUAUGGGUGAAUUUGGUGUUUUAGUGCUGCUGCAACAUGGAGCAGAGCCAACGAUUCGUAACACAGAUGGGAGGACAGCGCUGGACCUGGCUGAAGCGUCCACUAAAGCAGUGCUGACCGGUGAGUGGGAGGAACAUGUUCCUCACAAGCACUUUAUAAGCACUACUUUCAUGAUUGAGUUAGUUUGCACUAAUUGCAUCUAUUUUGGGCAUGGGAACAGAAUAAAACUGUUCCUCUGGGAACCAAGAGUGACAGAACAGGGAGCUGAAUGAAUCAAAACAAUGAAGCACAAAAGUUAUCUUGGAAUACAUGGGCUAAUAUGUUUCCACACUUUCCUAAUCACAGGUGAAUAUAGAAAAGAUGACCUGCUUGAAAGUGCAAGGUGGAGUAUAUCUCAGAUUUUUAAAUGACCACCAUUCAGAUGCCUUGUAAUCGACCGUGACCAUUAUUGUGCUCUACAUUUUCUAAUACAUGUGAUGCUUUCAUAGGAGUGGGAAUGAAGACAAGUUGAUGGCCCUUCUAACACCAUUGAAUGUGAACUGUCAUGCCAGUGACGGUCGGAAGGUAAGUCACAUGCUCUCCUAAACUAUUCAUGAAGAGACUACAUUUUUCAUCACCUCUCUAACAUUCCAAAUGCACUAAAAUGAGGCAAAAGACAGAUAUUUGUGCCCAAAACAUGUUACCAACAAAGAGUGUGUCAGUCUGGACAAACAAACAAAUCCAUUUUAAAUGGUCCUUUGUGGUGCAUCUUUCAGUCCUCCCCUCUGCAUCUGGCUGCUGGCUACAACCGUGUGAAGACAGUGAAGCUGCUGUUACAGCAUGGGGCUGACGUCCAUGCUAAAGACAAAGGGUACGACUUGGCCUCUAUGCUUUCGUCAUCCUCGUUGAAUCAUUAUUGUAUGCUGCAUGAAGCCAUUGUAUGUCUUUCCAAUACUGUGCCAGCAAUUUCUCUGAUGGAUGACUCUCUCUGACAUUUCAGUGAUCUGGUGCCUCUUCAUAACGCCUGUUCCUAUGGACAUUACGAAGUCACUGAAAUUUUAGUAAAGGUUUGUCUAUAACACAUUCUUCCUGUAUGUAGCUUAUGCAUUUUUGUGUCACUGUGUAUCAAAUCUACAUUUCUUAACCCAGAGGCCCAUUGAACAUUCAAAUGCUCAUUGUACAAGUCUCGUUUGACCCCCUGACUCUCCAUCGCUCCUCCCUUGGUAAUGCAGCAUGGUGCCUGUGUGAAUGCCAUGGACCUGUGGCAGUUCACCCCCCUGCACGAGGCUGCCUCUAAGAAUAGGGUGGACGUGUGCUCCCUGCUAGUCAGCUACGGAGCCGACCCCACUUUCCUAAACUGCCACAACAAGAGCGCCAUUGACCUGUCUCCCACCUUGCAGCUCAAAGAACGCCUGGCCUGUAAGCCAUGUUUAUUUUUUCCUAUUUUGUAUUGUUCCUAUUCUUUAUGAACCUUAUUUUUUUUGCUUAGAGGUCACCUACAAUACUCUAAUAAAACUUAAGGAAACAAAUGAUUUUAGGCAGGGGGCAACAUCUUGAUGAUGAGCCCUGUUCUCCUUAUGUAAUAGUUGAAACGCUCUCUCAACUGACCUCUUGUGUCUGUGACAGAUGAGUUCAGAGGUCAUGCCUUGCUCCAGGCAGCACGUGAAGCUGACCUGCCCCGCCUAAAGAAGCACCUGUCACUGGAGACCAUGACCUUUAAGCAUCCGUUUACCCAUGAAACUGCACUGGUAAGACACCUCACUACUGAGUCGCCAACGUGCUGCAGAUUAUACAGUCAAUGUAUUGCAGUGCUAGUAUCACAUAGAUUGUUUUAUUUCCCUGGGUUACUCUGUUACUCUGCUUGCCUUUCAUCUAAGUAGUGUUUUAAGAUCUAAGAUAUGUUUUUAACAGCACUGUGCAGCGACAUCUCCCUAUCCCAAGAGAAAACAAGUGUGUGAGUUACUGCUGAGAAAAGGGGCAAACGUGAAUGAGAAGACUAAAGAGUGAGUACUGCAAAGUGUGUCUGUGACCCUUAUCCCACAAGCAAUUAACAGUUACUUUACUCUUAUCAUUGUUGAAAUGACAGAUAUAAAUUAGUCUGAAUGCUCCGAUAAGACUCUGAAGUAAAGGUUGAUUGUUUUUCCAUUGUGCAACCCAUAGAAAUAGAAUUACAACCACUUUAACUUGUUUGUGAUGUAAUUUGUCAAAGCUUCCUGACACCCUUGCACCUAGCUUCUGAAAAGUCACACAACGACAUAAUCGAGGUGUUGGUGAAACAUGAGGCAAAGGUAAGUUCAGGUGUUAUCAUAGUGUUAUUAAUAGCAUAAAGAUCAAGCCAACGUGUGUAUUUGCUCUAUGGCCUGUGAUUCAGCGAGUGUGUGUGUGUAAUCACGGUGUGUGAAAAUGGUGCAUCAGGACUUUAAAUGUAAAAAAGAUCAUUGGUAGCACUAGUGCUCCCAACUUAAAGUUAGGAGCACAAAAUAAAAUCUAGGAACACCAGAAUAUAUACAACUCUGGAAAAAAUUAAGAGACCACUGCAAAAAUAUAAGUUUCUCUGGUUUUACUAUUUAUAGGUAUGUGUUGAAAUGAACAUUUUUGUUUUAUUCUAUAAACAACUGACAACAUUUCUACCAAAUUCCAAAUAAAAAUAUUGUCAUUUAGAGCAUUUAUUUGCAGAAAAUGACAACUGGUCAAAAUAACAAAAAAGAUGCAGUGUUGUCAGACCUCGAAUAAUGCAAAGAAAAUAAGAAAAUAAUGCAAAGAGAAUAAUGCAAAGAAAAUAUGUUCAUUUUUAAACAACACAAUACUAAUGUUUUAACUAAGGAAGAGUUCAGAAAUCAAUAUUUGGUGGAAUAACCCUGAUUUUCAAUCACAGCUUUCAUGUGUCUUGGCAUGCUCUCCACCAGUCUUUCACAUUGAUGUUGGGUGACUUUAUGCCACUCCUGGCGCAAAAAUUCAAGCAGCUCUGCUUUGUUUGAUGGCUUGUGACCAUCCAUCUUCCUCUUGAUCACAUUCCAGAAGUUUUCAAUGGGGUUCAGGUCUGGAGAUUGGGCUGGCCAUGACAGGGUCUUGAUCUGGUGGUCCUCCAUCCACACCUUGAUUGUCCUGGCUGUGUGGCAUGGCGCAUUGUCCUGCUGGAAAAACCAAUCCUCAGAGUUGGGGAACAAUGUCAGAGCAAAAGGAAGCAAGUUUUCUUCCAGGACAACCUUGUACGUGGCUUGAUUCAUGCGUCCUUCACAAAGACACAUCUGCCCGAUUCCAGCAUUGCUGAAGCAUCCCCAGAUCAUCACCGAUCCUACACCAAAUUUCACAGUGGGUGCGAGACACUGUGGCUUGUAGGCCUCUCCAGGUCUCCGUCUAACCAUUAGACGACCAGGUGUUGGGCAAAGCUGAAAAUUGGACUCAUCAGAGAAGAUUACCUUACUCCAGUCCUCUACGGUCCAAUCCUAAUGGUAUUUUGCAAACCUCAGCCUGGCUCUUCUUUGCUUCUCAUUGAUGAAGGGCUUUUUUCUAGCUUUGCACGACUUCAGCCCUGCCCCUAGGAGCCUGCUUCGAACCGUCCUCGCCGUGCACUUCACCCCAGCUGCCGUUUGCCAUUCUUUUUGUAGGUCACUUGAUGUCAUCCUAUGGUUGUUGAGUGACAUUCGAAUGAGUUGGCGGUCAUCCCGCUCAGUAGAGUUGUUUUCGCCCUCUGCCGGUCUGUAGCUUUGUUGUCCCCAAUGUCUGCUGCUUGAUCUUGUUGUUAUGAACCGCCGUCUUUUACAUUUUAAGGAUGGAAGCAACCUGACGCUCACUGUAUCCCUCUGCCAGUAAAGCCAGAAUUGAACCCUUCUUUUCCUCACUCAAAACUUUCCUUUUCAACUCUUUUGGCAUGGUCAAUAGUUAUUUUUUUAUUAAUAUUACUUUUGAGGUACUAUUAGCACUGUUUUAGCCAUCCAGCAGGUCCUAUUGCAAGAGGAUAGUGAUGACCACAACAGUGGUUUUUAUACUUUCCUCGUUAAAUAAGAUUUGGUUCAUGUGAUCACCUAAUCAGUACCUAAUUCAGUAGAAUGAGGUGUGCCUGUGUUGGAAUUCAACAGACACUGGAAUGGAAUGGCUGUCAUACAUGUAGAGAUGCUGAUUUAAGAAAAAUUUGCAGUGGUCUCUUAAUUUUUUCCAGAGCUGUAUAUAUAUUUUUGUAUUGCUUUAAAUAAAGCAAGAGAUCAGUCAUUCAUUCAGUCAUUCAUGCUACGAUCAUUGAUCUUCUAAAGAAGCUAUCCAUUUUCCUUUCUUUCUGUGCCCCCAAAUGUUUAGAUAUACUGGGCUGUUAGCUAGCUAGCUAGCUAAUGAGGUAAACAUGACUGAACAAGGUGUAAACAAAUGCCCGUGAGUGGUUUUGGAACGACCCGCAACAUGGUUUAUGAACAGGGCCUAAAAUGAUAUUUUUGGUCAGGCACUCGGAAACAACUAUCAUUACGACAGUUAUUAUCUGGGUGAUUUCUUUAUUAUUCUUUUUUUGUACCCCUUUUUCUCCCCAAUUUCGUGAUAUCCAAUUGGUGGUUACAGUCUUGUCCCAUCGCUGCAACUCCCAUACGGACUCGGGAGAGGCGAAGGUUGAGAGCCAUGCGUCCUCCGAAACACGACCCUGCCAAGCUGCACUGCUUCUUGACACACUGCUUGCUUAACCCGGAAGUCAGCCGCACCAAUGUGUCGGAGGAAACGCCGUACAACUGGCGACCGUCUCAGCGUGCAUGCGCCCGGCCCGCCACAGGAGUCGCUAGAGCGCGAUGGGACAAGGACAUCCCGGCCGGCCAAACCCUUCUAACCUGGAAGACGCUGGGCCAAUUGUGCGUCACCUCAUGGGUCUCCCGGUCACAGCCGAAUGCGACACAGCCCGGGAUCAAACCCGGAUCUGUAGUGACGCCUCAAGCACUGCAGUGCCUUAGACCGCUGCGCCACUCGGGAGGCCCUGGGUGAUUUUUUUUUCUCCCCCUGGUCGCACUGGUGCUCCCAAAAUAAAAUGUCAGGUCACACAGGAAAAUAUCAAGGAGCAUAUGCAACCAAAAUGGUCACACUUCAGAGCGCUGGGUGCAAUGCAUGUGAUUCUUGAUAAUACAAAUUGUCAAUAUUUUAAUUGUAUCUGUCCCUAUCAAAUAAAUGAAUUACUAUUAUCUCCCUAUAGGUCAAUGCCCUGGACAACCUGGGCCAGACAGCCCUGCACCGUGCAGCCCACUGUGGCCACCUCCAGACCUGCCGUCUGCUGCUGAACUCAGGCUGCGACCCCCUCAUCAUGUCUCUACAGGGCUUCUCUCCAUCCCAAAUGGGCAAUGAGCGCGUGCAGGAGAUACUGCAUGGUAGGCUGGAAACAGCUAGGAGUAUGUUACAUGUUACACAAACAGACAGGAACCUGGUUUGUGAUGAUCAUUCAGGGUUGAAAUAUUUGGUCCCAUUUCAAGUGUCAAUACAUUUCUUAUUUGUCUUUCAGAGGGAACUCUGAUUGGAAACUCUGAUGUUGACCGGCAGUUGCUAGAAGCCUCCAAGUCUGGCGAUUUGGAAAUUGUUAAAGUAACUAACUCCAGUACAUUUAGGCAAAAUCUGUCAACCAAUGUCAUAAUGUUAACACUCAUAUUACAACUGAUUUGUUUCAAAUGGUAACAGCAUGUCUGCUGUAUUUAUGUGUGCAGAAGCUGUGCACCAUGCAGAAUGUGAACUGUAGGGAUGUAGAGGGCCGUCAAUCCACCCCGCUCCACUUUGCGGCGGGGUAUAACCGUGUGUCUGUGGUGGAGUACCUUCUACUGCAUGGGGCUGAUGUCCAUGCCAAAGACAAAGGGUGAGCACAGGUCUUGACUUGGGCCAGGAGCUUUUCCUGGUCAGGUCAUUUGGUCAGGAAAAACGCAAGGCUCUACCUAUUCUCCAAUGGGCCUGAGUUCGACUCGUCACUCAGAAGGAUAAUGCGUGUGCGUCUCUCUCGCUCUGUGUCCUGCAGUGGCCUGGUCCCCCUGCACAACGCCUGCUCCUAUGGUCACUAUGAGGUGGCUGAAUUGCUGGUCAUCCACGGGGCUGUGGUCAACGUAGCUGACCUGUGGAAGUUUACCCCUCUGCACGAGGCCGCUGCCAAGGGAAAAUACGAGAUCUGCAAACUGCUGCUGCAGGUAAGGAGUUAGUUUCUUUUCAACUGUGUUGGACCAUCUGCAGUGCCACUUGGAUUUGAAUGAUUGAGUCAUCACUUAUCCUGAAAACGAUGACGUUUGAAAGACCAGAUACAUCCUGAUCCUAUGCUGUAGAACAUAAAUAAUACAGAGUCUUCCUGUUCUAGCUUCCUGUUCUAAACACACACCGCUAUCUCUCCCCUCCCAGCACGGUGCAGACCCGACCAAGAAGAACCGAGAUGGGAGCACUCCACUGGACCUGGUGAAGGACGGGGAUACUGACAUCCAGGACCUGCUAAGAGGAGACGCUGCCUUGCUGGACGCAGCCAAGAAGGGCUGUCUGGCCCAGGUCGAGAAGCUCUGCAGCCCUGAUAAUGUUAACUGUAGAGACGCACAGGGAAGGCACUCGACACCGCUACACCUGGCAGGUCAGUCAGCGCACUGGAGCUUUCUGUAAGGACAGUGAUCUUGAACCCUAGUCAUUGAGCGCUUCAGGGUGUACAAGCCAUUGUUCCAACCAAACAUUCAUAAGUUUAAGGAUAAGUUUAAGGACCAGGGUUUAGAAUAUUUAUUGAGGAAAUGGAAUGGAUGUGAGAAUCGAUGGAUUCAGGAGGGGAAUAAGAAUGGACCGUGUGAAGCAGAGGGCUGUAGAUGAAGGAUCCAGGGGGGUGGACUCUGUAGAGUUUGGCUUGGAGUCCCAGAUAGACCUCAUCAUCAGGCUGUGGUAGUUAGGCUGCUGUGAUGGCAGGCCCCCAGGAGAUCCUUAGAAGAACUUAACAUAUACUAGAUAUAAGGAGAGGGGGUGCAAAACGUGAUAAGGCUAGUAAUGCACAGAGUUGUGUGACAUGUACUGCAGAACAAAAAAAAAAAAAAGAGGAGGAAUAUUAGUUUGGUCAGGUUUAAGUAGGGUGGCAGUGGUGAUUAAGGAGAGUGAGGACAGGUGUGGAGGCUGAUUAGCAAUGAGUUGCAGCUGAUGCUUGUUCAGUUACUAGGGAGCUGUGUUCAAGGCAACUAGUUAUGGUGUUGCAAACGAGCAUGGAUGCUGAUUGGCAAUUAGUAGCAGCUGGUGCUUGUUCAGUUACUAGGGAGCUGUGUUCAAGGCAAUUAGUUAAAAUGUUACAUUCAAGUCUGGUCUUCUCUCCUGAAUUUGAUUGAUUCAACUAACUUAUCAUUAACGGCUGAAAAGCUGGCAGCCCUUCAGGAUCAGGAAUGGACUAUGGAUUUAGGAGAAUAACAUUUUCAGGGAACUGCAGUUUCUGAUUAAACUAAUUAUGUGUCUAUUGUGUCAGCUGGCUACAACAACCUGGAGGUAGCAGAGUACCUGCUUCAGCAUGGAGCGGAGGUCAACUCCCAGGACAAGGGAGGGCUCAUCCCCCUGCACAAUGCUGCCUCCUACGGAGUGAGUCCCAGUUACCCUAAUCUACUGUACACACUCACAGUACAAUCACGCUCUAAAGGUGUCCAUUGAGUCUUCCUACUACCUGUACGGUAUGAUUUCUCAGAGUCACAAAAGUAAACAGGAUGUAUAGAGACUUGAUUGAUGUGCCUAGGUUUUUUAAUGAAAAAGUCAGUGUCUCAUACUUGGCAUACCAAACACUCACCAAGUUCCUUGUCAAAGGCUUCUUUAAAUGUUUUACCAUGAAUAGGUUUCAGAGAUGACGCAUACCUCUGUGCAUUGAUCGAAAAAGGAGUCUUCUGCGGCCUCUAGAACAAGCUCCUUUUAAAAAGAAUGUAAUCAUGAAUUGGUUUCAGUGAUGAGGCGAGGGGUGAAGUAUGUAUGUUGGCCAAAUGAUUAGCACUCAUGUCUCUGACACAAAAGGCCAGUAGAUUGCUUUGAUCAGACCCUUGAGAAACGAGGAGCUCAUCACACCACAGUCCUCCCCCGCCGCCUGGUGCUUGCUCUAACGCCACACACAGAUUGGAUCCUCUCAAAUAAGGGGGUUUCGUCUGGAUAAUCUCAUGCAUUACAUUCACAUCACUGUGGUAGAAAGUAGUGCAAUGUAGAAUUGCAUUACAGAUAUAAGCUGUGGCCAGAGAAAGCAAUGCAGUUGAGAUUUGUUUAACCUAGGGUGAUGAGAUUUUUUUUUAAACAAAUAUUAGUAACCCUUUCUUUCCCUAUAGAUGUUUCUCCCGCUUUUGUUUGCUUUGUUUCCUAAGUCUGUGUUGGUUGGGUUUCCAUCUCAACCUAGAGAGUAGAAGAGAAAGGGUGAAUUGACUUGUAGAAGUCAUGCCCAGUAGAAGUCAUGCCCAGUAGAAGUCCUAUAUCUGAGUCUGAGAUACAAGUUGACCAAAAGAAUGAGAGAAAGUUACAAGACACGAACCAAGAGCCAAGUGGAGUCCAUUGUGUUCUCAUUUGCAGCAUGUGGAUGUGGCUGCUUUGCUCAUCAAGUACGACGCAUGCGUGAACGCCACAGAUAAGUGGGCGUUCACCCCACUGCACGAGGCAGCGCAGAAAGGGAGGACCCAGCUGUGUGCCCUGCUAUUGGCUCACGGGGCUGACCCCGCGCUCCGCAACCAGGAAGGCCAAUCACCGCUGGACCUCGUUACGGUAUCCAUCCACACACACUCGCUAUCCUGUCUCUGAGCUGACAACCCCUGCCCAACACAGGAGUGUGUGGGAAGGGGUGAUAAUCUGUCAUCCUCACAUCCACCACACUCACCUGUUUGUCAUGUCUACUGCUUUUGGAUACAUUAAAUCCCUCAAAUCACAACAACACCCUGUAUAUUGUGUUUGUGAUUCGUGUUAACAGCAUGUUAAACAUCACCUAUAUAGAGACUUUGGAAUUCUUCCCAGAGUUUUGCUGUUGUUGAGGAGAUUCAAUGUCUCUCAGUGCUUGUUUUCUACACUCCCACAUGGCCUGACCUUCACCAGCACCCACUGGAGGACAUUACCUCUUUCUAAAUAGAAGAGAGGAUCUGUCUCUGGCAAUGAAAUGCCUGGAAAGCUCUCUCACUCUCAUCAUACAUUGCUAAAUGACUUGAAUGGACUGUAUGCAUGUCAAGGGUUUGCUCAUAUAGGGGCAUGUAGCCUUAUUCAUACUUGCUAUGCUCUUAUGGGUUAUUGAUGUGUUGGCAACGAUCGCUAAUGCAGUCUAAUCGUGUUCCUCUGCAUGGUUGUACUGUGAUUGAGUCUUCAAUAUUUUGUGUCAUUCUUCAUUUCUCCUCCACGACUUGGUAAAUUAGUGACAAUGCCUCUUUAUCCUUUCUUUACUUUCUACAGGUGGACGAUGUUCGUGCCUUGUUGACAGCGGCCAUGCCACCUUCAGCCCUACCCGGUUGCUAUAAACCCCAGGUAAUCAGUAUGCCUGCCCCUGUAGGGGUGGUAGUCCCCCCCAGCCUCUCAGCCAACUCCACACCUCUGUCCACCCUGGCCUCCAGCAGCAGUCUGGACAACCAGGCCACUGCCUCCACCUGCACUGCCUUCCCUGAGCUACCUGCUCUCCUGGGGCCCUCUGGGGCUGUGGGCACGGACAAGAAGGAGGGUCCAGGUGUGGAUCUGAGUAUCGGACAGUUCCUCAACAACCUUGGACUGGAACACCUACUUGAGAUCUUUGACAGAGAGCAGGUAAGCUGAACUCCAAAACGCAGCUUGCUUAUGUCUGAUAACUUAGAUAAACCUCCUAUAUAAAAAGCUUAAAGGAUGUCUUCAGCAUCUGAUGUUCCACAAUAGGCCUAUGAAGCAUUGCUUAAGAUGCUGAAGGUGAGAUCUGACAUUAUUUAAAGUUCACAGUUUUCCCUUUUUGAAGAUAACUCUGGAUGUCCUGGUAGAGAUGGGACACAAGGAGCUGAAAGAGAUCGGUAUCAACGCCUACGGACACAGACACAAGAUUAUUAAAGGAGUGGAGAGACUCAUUAGCGGACCUCAAAGUACGUUUACACACUAUAGGAUCCAUGCUGUUGUCCAUAACACAGGGGUUCACUUCAAAUGUAUGUUAAUGUGUUUAGCCUUUUCAAAGUGUUUCAAAGGGCUGUUAGUGAAUGCAACCCUCAAAGAUUUAGAUUUUUACUUGAUCUUUAUGUAUGAAAGAACAGCAUGCUUCGAUUGAGGUUCACAUCCUGAAUGAAGUUUUUAACUACUGCAAUACUAAAAGAAGUUCACGUUCAUGUGAUGCAGGUUUGAACCCGUACCUUACGUUGAACACUGCAAACAGUGGGACCAUACUUAUCGAUCUGGCAUCGGACGACAAGGAGUUUCAGUUGGUGGAGGAGGAGGUACAACCAACAAGAUGACUCUCUAUCAAAGUCUUGCAUCUUAUUUAUCAUAUCUUGUUGUAAAUUAGAAAAAGUUGACUCGACUUUGAGUCUUGUUUUUGAACAGCUACAGAGUACGAUCAGAGAGCACAGAGAUGGAGGCCUUGCCGGAGGGGUUUUCAACAGAUACAACAUUGCUAAGGUACAGUUGGCUGGUUUCUAUCCACAUUAGGAAGGCAAGCUCUGUUUUAUCAUGUCCUCUUUAAUCCAAUUCCAAUCCUAGACCAAUUAAAUCAAAGUCCAGUUAAUGGAAGUCAUUAUACAACCGUACAUUCAGUUCAUGUUAUUACAACUUUAUUAACCACGAUUGGAAGAGUAUUGUUAAUUCACACUUUUCCCCUCUUGAACUGCAGAUCCAGAAAGUGUGCAACAAGAAGCUUUGGGAGAGGUACACCCAUCGAAGGAAGGAGGUCUCAGAGGAGAAUCACAAUCACUCCAAUGAACGGAUGUUGUUUCACGGUAAGAGAAUAAUACACAGAAUAGCACAUUCCAAUGAGAACCCAUCAUCCAUGACACUCCAGAAACCACUUGGGUCAUGUGUUCCAGGUUGAUAUUUUCUUGUCUGCAUGUUGUUUGCUUUCACAAGUGUUUUGGACACUCAGAAAUCCUAUUUACAACAGCUCAUUCCAACAUUGAUUCCGCUCUUGACCCAACAGGUUCGCCGUUUGUGAACGCCAUCAUCCACAAGGGUUUCGAUGAGAGGCAUGCUUACAUAGGCGGCAUGUUCGGAGCUGGCAUCUACUUUGCUGAGAACUCUUCUAAGAGUAACCAGUACUUCUACGGGAUAGGAGGCGGCACAGGCUGCCCUCUGCACAAAGACAGGUCCUGCUACGUGUGCCAAAGGUAAACCAGCCAUCCAGUCCUUUUGAUGUUUCUCUACCAUAGUAAACCAUAUCAAAGCUGAGGUCUUAGUCACCACAGUUCAACUAAACCAAGCCAUAGCUGGGCACAAAUAACACACCAAUGAGAGUUUCACAUGGUUAAGAAUGGCUCAAAUGUAUCAAGUGGAUUGAUUGAAUGGAGGUUCCUUCCUGGCAUCACAUGUGGCAUGAUAUCUGAUUGUCUGUGGUGGGUUCUAUGGGUCUUCAGGCACCUGCUGUUCUGCAGGGUGACCCUGGGCAAGUCCUUCCUGCAGUUCAGUGCCAUGAAGAUGGCCCACUCCCCUCCAGGACACCACUCUGUCACAGGGAGGCCCAGUGUCAACGGACUGGCACUGGCAGAGUAUGUCAUCUACAGAGGAGAGCAGGUAUGGUAACUAGUGGCUUUGGCAACUGCAUUAGUGUGCGACUUUCAUUUUGACACCGAGUCAACAACUGAAGUCACAAGUGUCACUGGAUUGUCAUACUUUGUCAUCAACCUUACAUUACAUGUGUUAUACUGCUCCUCUUGGAUCUAAUGUGUUAAUUGUAUGGUAACAUGCCCUUAGGACUACCAAGCAGUUAAAAUUGGCUUGAUCUGACACCUCUGUAAUUUACUCCUCUAGGCCUAUCCAGAGUAUUUGAUCACCUAUCAGAUAUUAAAGCCUGAUGCCUCUGCGGAUGGAUAG